CAAAAAGAGAGUGCCAGAGAGUGAAAAAAGAAAAAGAAAUAAAAAUUCAAAAGAACUAAAAAGCCUUGGUUUCUACACCACCGCUCUCUCUCUCUCUCUCUCUCUCUCUCUAUCUCUGCGAAGUUCGAAGAAGAAAACGAAGAAGAAGAAGAGGAGGAGAAAUCUAGGGUUUUCUGCAGAUCCAGGGUUUGGGCUUCGGAGGGCAUCUUGAUCUGUGAAAAACGGUGCGUUUCCGGGAAGAGGAAGUGAAGGAGGAACAGGAUGGAUGCGGUCCCUUCGAACUCACAUGGGAACCUGGAUGAGCAGAUUGCUCAGCUCAUGCAGUGCAAGCCCUUGUCCGAACCAGAGGUAAGGGGGCUCUGUGAGAAGGCCAAGGAGAUAUUAAUGGAAGAAAGCAAUGUCCAGCCUGUGAAAAGCCCUGUAACUAUUUGUGGUGAUAUUCAUGGACAAUUCCAUGAUCUUGCCGAGCUUUUCCGCAUUGGAGGAAAGUGUCCGGAUACGAAUUAUUUGUUUAUGGGAGAUUAUGUGGAUCGUGGCUAUUAUUCAGUUGAAACAGUGACACUCUUGGUUGCCUUGAAGGUGCGUUAUCCUCAACGUAUUACUAUCCUAAGAGGAAAUCAUGAAAGCCGUCAGAUUACUCAAGUUUAUGGUUUUUAUGAUGAGUGCCUACGGAAGUAUGGUAAUGCCAAUGUUUGGAAGAUCUUUACAGAUUUAUUUGACUAUUUCCCUCUGACAGCAUUGGUUGAAUCUGAAAUUUUCUGCCUGCAUGGUGGACUGUCUCCAUCCAUUGAAACCCUUGAUAAUAUACGUAAUUUUGACCGUGUACAAGAGGUUCCUCAUGAGGGUCCCAUGUGCGAUCUUCUAUGGUCUGACCCUGAUGAUCGCUGUGGUUGGGGUAUCUCUCCCAGGGGUGCUGGAUAUACUUUUGGUCAGGACAUAUCUGAGCAGUUCAAUCAUACAAAUAACUUAAAGUUGAUUGCUAGAGCACAUCAGCUGGUCAUGGAAGGAUAUAACUGGGGUCAUGAACAAAAAGUCGUCACUAUAUUUAGUGCACCCAACUAUUGUUAUCGCUGUGGAAAUAUGGCUUCCAUCCUUGAAGUCGAUGACUGCAAAGGUCACACAUUCAUUCAGUUUGAGCCAGCUCCCAGGAGGGGAGAGCCAGAUGUGACCCGAAGAACACCUGAUUACUUCCUAUAAUGAAACCGCCAAAUCAGUUGCUGAAUUACCUGCUGUGGUUGCCUGCUAGAAGGUUUAUGUAUCCAGGGCUCUACUUAACUCUAAGGUUAUAGUUUCACAAUAGUGGUCGGUUGUGGAAAAUCGUGUAAGAUUGGCAGGUGAGGGUUCCUUGGAUUGUACUCGAGUCUCUGCAAAAGGAAGCAUCCGAGGUGGCGACACUGUUGCAGCAUAUGUACCAUUUCCAGCAAACAAUGUGGCAUCUUCUGUUCUGAUUUUACUUCUCUCUACCUUUUUUUAAAAAAAAUUUAAUUUUUCUGUAGAAGGAUGGUUUUUUUGGGGGUUGGCGAUCUGUAGAGGGAUGAUGAGCUCACUUCCUAUAAUGGGUGCUUUUAUUAUUUUUUCCCCUUAGUAAUGAAUACAAUGUUAUCCAAUAGGUUUAUUUUUUAAUUUUAAUUUUUUUCCCAUAGUCUAAUUCAAUUUAUAGUCUGGCAGUUCUCCCUUU